AUGAAGAAGCAUUACAACGAUGAACAUGAAUUGUUAAUUGCUAGUGAAACGAAAUCGUACGAUAAUCGUAGGCAUAAUCAACGACAAUCUUCUCGUCUCGAAUGGGCUGAAUCAUCAUGGACUCGAUGUUUGCAUAUACUGUGUUGGUGGUGGGUUAAUCCUAUUCUUUCAUUAGGUUAUAAAAGAGUAUUAACUGAUAAUGAUCUUGAUGAUUUACCUUACGCUGAUAAGUCCUCGACAUUAUUGAGAAGAAUAGAGUUUUAUGACUGGACAGCAGUAACAGCAUGGAAAAUUGUUGUCCAAAUGUUUUGGAAAGAAUAUAUGGCUAUUGGUCUUUUCAACUUUCCGUUUUUAAUCGCACACAUUGCCCAGCCAUUACUGAUUCGUCUAAUUGUCAUAAAUUUAAGUAAUAAACAACAAUCACCUACUGCUGCUUAUCUUUAUGCUAUAUUUUUCUCUAUAUGUGCGCUUGUUCAAGUCGUAUUUCAACAGCCGCUACACUUUUAUUCUAGUCGUGUAGGUGUAAAGAUUCGUAAUGCACUCAUGUUAAUGAUUUAUAAACAUUCAUUGUCUUUAAAAUUAGUCUCGUUCGAACAAAUUAAUACUGCUCAAAUUGUUAAUUUGAUCGCUAAUGACAUAACAAAAUUACAGGAUGCGUGUAGAUAUUUGCAUCAUAUAUGGGGAGCACUUCUUGAACUAUUAAUCGUAUUUGGCCUUCUUUGUUGGAUUAUUGGACCUUUACCUAUACUGUUCAGCUACAUUAUAUUUGUUCUAUUCAUCUUUAUACAGUUAAUAUUUAAUCAAAAAUUUGCUAAGUAUCGAAAAAUAACAGCAUCAUGUAGUGACAAACGUGUACAUGCUUUGAGCGAAUUUAUCCAUGGAUAUUAUAUCAUCAAAAUGUAUAACUGGGAGAAAUCAAUAGAAGAUCGUAUACAUCAAAUGCGACAGCAUGAACUUACUAGUAUUCGACAGGCAUCUCGUUUACGUGCACUCAAUAAGACUCAAUUCUUUAUUUCAACACAACUUCUCGCACUUACUACAUUCGGUAGCAUGUGGCUCCUAAAAUAUUCAUUGAAUCCAAUCGAUAUUUUCACAACUCUUUCAUUUUUUAAUUUAAUGCGACACUCUGUCACAUGUUUGAUACCAAUAGCCAUUGAAAGAUUAAGUGAGACACAUGUUGCUUUGAAAAAAAUAGAUACAUUCAUGCGACUCACGACUGUGCAGCAAGAGCACUCAUUAUCAUUUACAUCUUCAUUGAAUCAAGGGCGAAAAGGCAGUAUUGCCAUGUCUGAUGCAACAUUUUCAUGGAAUAACGAAAAUCUUUGCUUAUUCUCACUGAAUAUUACUGUUGAACCAGCGACAUUCGUUGGCAUUACUGGACCAGUUGGUUCUGGUAAAUCGUCAUUAUUUGGUGCUAUUCUUGGCGAACUAAAUCUUGUCAAUGGUCAACUGAAUACGUAUAACAGUUCAUUCUCCUAUACUCCUCAAUCACCAUGGAUAUUUGCUGAUACACUUCGUAAUAAUAUUCUUCUUGAAAGAUCAUUUGAUGAACAACGAUACAAAAAUGUAAUAUAUGCAUGCUGUCUUGAUGUUGAUAUCGAUCUAUUUGGGCCAAGUCGUGAUUUAAUAAUGAUCGGAGAGAAUGGUGUGAAUCUAAGUGGUGGACAAAAAGCACGUGUAUCACUUGCUCGUGCUUUGUAUAAUGAUGCUGAUAUAUACUUACUUGAUGAUCCAUUGUCAGAAGUUGAUAAUACAGUAGCAAAACAAAUCUAUGAACGAUGUAUUGGUUCACAUGGGUUAUUAAAGCAUAAAACUCGACUAUUAAUUACACAUCAAACACAGUUCCUCAUAGAAGUGCAUCAGAUAAUUUUUUUUCGUAAUGGACAUAUUGAUAAAGAAAGUUACUUUGAUGAAAAUAUUAUUAAAAAUGAUGAGACAACUCCAAAGGAAAAUCCAGCACUAACUAGUAUGCUUGAUCUCGAUUCGUCGAUUGAUGACAGACAACCAAUCAUAACAGAAGAAGUAUCAGUGAGUGGUACUGUCAGUUGGUCUAUUUGGUUGCGUCUAUUCACUGCAUCAUCUUUGGGCUUGUUUGGAUUAUGUUUACUUAUUAUUUUGCUUUUGACUGGUGAAUUUCUUUAUGAUGUUUCAAACUAUUGGCUCAAAUUAUGGUCAACACAAUCAUAUAGAAAUCAGCAAGAGAGACCAAUAUUUUUCUAUAUUUAUUUUGGUUUGAUAUUAGCUCUUCUGUUUGUAGAUCUUUUACGUAGCAACUAUUUUUUCUCUCUCAUGUUAGAUGGAUCAAAUAGACUUCACAAUAAUAUGUUGAAAAGACUAUUAUCUACAUCGAUACAAUUUUUUGAAAGAAAUCCAAGUGGACGUAUUCUGAAUAGAGCAACUAAGGAUCAACAAGUACUUGAUGAAUUGGUACCAACAAUUCUAUUAGAUAGUAUAGAGUGGCUUUUGAUAGUAGCUGGUUCAAUGAUUAUGAUUUGCCUUAUCAAUCCAUAUGUUUUACUGUCAUUCAUUGUUAUAUUGCCCAUCUUUUGGAUAUUGAGUCAUUUUUAUUUACAAUCAAAUCGUGAAAUAAAACGACUUGAAAAUGUUACUCGAAGUCCUGUUUAUACACUUUUUUCCACAUCUUUGCGUGGUUUAUCUACUAUACGUGCAUUUAAAGCUAAAGAACAUUUUAUGGAAUUAUUAACUGACAGAAUCGAUAGAAAUACACGUGCGAACAUUACGAUGCUUGGUGCAAUGCAAUGGAUUUCGCUAAGGUUCAAUCUCAUUUCAUGUUUAGUCAUGUUUAUCACUGCUAUUCUGGUCAUAGUUUUACGUAAUAAAAUACAAAUAUCAUCAAUUGCACUCAGUUUGAUGUGUACUAUUUCUAUAAUAGUAUGGUUUUCAUGGGGUCUUCGACAACUCAUGGAAGCCACAAUUUUAAUGACAAGUGCCGAACGUAUUGAUGAAUAUGCGCGGCUUCCACAUGAAGAUGAUCAAGACACUCAAAAGCGAUUGAUAACAAUACCACCGGAAUGGCCAAGCCGUGGAACAAUCGAGUUUCGAAAUUAUUUCCUGCGUUAUCGAUCCGAUGCAGCACCUGUACUAAAGAAUCUCACUAUACGUAUUGAGUCUGGUGAGAAAAUUGGUAUCAUUGGUCGUACUGGUGCAGGAAAAUCAUCUUUAUUCAACGGUCUCUUUCGUUUUAUUGAUCGAUCAAAUGCCGAUGGAGAAAUACUUAUCGAUGAUAUUGAUAUAAGUCGAAUUCCACUCAAUUAUCUUCGUUCGCGUCUUUGUGUCAUUCCCCAACAACUUAUACUGUUUAGUGAUACUCUACGAUAUAAUCUUGAUCCAUUCAAUCAGUAUUCCGAUGAACAAUGUUGGAUGGCACUCGAAGAUGUACAACUAAAAAAUUUUGUAAGUAAGAAUCCAGCUGGUCUUCUAAUGCCUAUUGCAGAAUCGGGUAAUAAUCUGAGUACAGGUCAAUGUCAAUUGAUCUGUAUUGCUCGAGGCAUUCUGAAAAAAAGCAAAUUUUUGUUGAUUGAUGAAGCAACAGCCAAUAUUGAUAGUGAAACAGAUGAAUUAAUUCAAGAAAUUAUUGCCAAGAAGUUUGAAGAUCGAACUGUUCUAACAAUUGCACAUCGGCUUAACACGGUGACUAAAAGUGAUCGUAUUCUUGUGCUAGCUGAAGGUGUUAUAAUUAAUUUCGAUAUACCCAGUAAUAUUUUGCGUUAUUACAAAUGAUAAUUUUUAUUACAGCUAUCACAGUAACCCUUUAUCGCCAUAGUUCACUUUCUUCAUUUUCUUCAAUCUUUCUCUGUUCAUUGUUCAUUCAAGCGCUUUCAUAUUUUCGUUCGUUUUUUUUCUAUUCUUCUGCUUCUUAAUCAUUCACAUUUUUCUUGAUCUCUUUUUACAAGUUACUUCUCUUGAUGAGAUCUUAUCUAUAAAUAUGCGUCAGCUAGCUAGGUUCCUAGAAGCCAUUGCACAAUAUGGACGAUUCGAAAGACAGACUGUUACAGUGAUGUCGUAUGCAUAAAUAUUCACUAUUUAUUGUUAACCUCUAUUCUCGUUCAUCUCUUUGAUUUUUUAAUCGGUUCUUUUGUUUUCUCGUUCUUCAUAUAUAUCUCAUAUCUACCGUUUAUGUAUUCAGAAUUGUUUUUUUCGAUUCCAUAAUAAAGUUGUCCACGUACAUCAACGACAUACAUGAAAAUCGUGCAUAUAUAUAGGACAGAAAGGAAAGAAAGAAACCGUAACACAGACAAUAUGCUCCAUUGAUAUCACCGAUUUCCAGAAAAUUUUUGCCUGUAUGUUGCCCCAAGUGAGAUAUGAAAACAUCAAAAAUUUUAGCUUCCAAAAACUGUUUCCUUGUUUAGAUAUUGACUCUACAAGAGAAGUAUUAUCAGGUGAACAAUUAAGAUAAUCAUUGCAGUAUCUAUGUAUUGUAUAUUUCGCCAUGGGUGUUGGUGUGGGUGUGGGUGGGUGUGGGCAGAGUUGGAACCGGACCGGCAGACCGGCCGGUCCGGUCCGGUAGAGGAUUCCUUACCGGCCGGUAGAAAAAAAACUUUCUUUACCGGCCGGUCUAGAUUUCGCUGAGUUUUCUCAUCUUUGUUUCAAAAAAAUGACCAUACAAGUGUUUUUUUCUGUAAAUCAGGCACUUUUUACUAAGGUCGAAAGCUAUUUCUGUUAACG